AUGUCGGGAUUCGAGGAUGGAUUUUCAGCGGAAAGGUUGUUUGCACAGGGAUACUCUUACACCUACGACGAUGUGAUAUUUCUACCUCACUACAUCGACUUCGCGACGGACGCCGUCUCCCUAUCCACGCGCCUCAGCAAGCGCGUACCACUCUCGAUCCCGUGCGUCGCUUCGCCGAUGGACACUGUGUCAGAGUCCCACAUGGCUGCUGCUAUGGCCGCGCUUGGAGGAAUCGGAAUCGCCCACUAUAACUGCGACAUCGCCACCCAGGCUUCCGUCAUCCGCCACGCCAAGUCGCUCCGAGUUCCGAUUGCAUCCGACGCUGUUUUCAAAUGCCCCGACCAUCAGAUUGGUUCUGUUGAUGAUUUCGGUCCUUCUUCCUUCGUCUUCGUCUCGCAGACAGGGACAUUGACACCGAGUUUGUUGGGUUAUGCCUCAAAAUCGGAGUGGUCAAAUAUGAAAGAUGAGCAAAAGGAGAUGAAGAUAUACGAUUACAUGCGGAGCUGUGAGAGCAGAGACUACUACGUUCCCUGGGAUAUUGAUCUUGACAAGAUCGAUGCGGUUUUGGAAGAUAAGCAGAAAGGGUUUGUGGUUCUGGAGAAGGAUGGUGAGGCCGUGAAUGUAGUAACAAAAGACGAUGUGGAGAGAGUUAAAGGAUAUCCCAAGUUAGGGUCAGGAACUGUUGGUCCAGACAACAAAUGGAUGGUGGGUGCAGCCAUAGGGACAAGGGAAUCAGACAAGGAGAGGCUGGAACACUUGGUGAAAGCUGGGGCUAACGUUGUGGUGUUGGAUAGUUCGCAAGGGAACUCGAUUUACCAGCUUGAGAUGAUCAAAUAUGUGAAGAACAUGUAUCCGGAGCUGGAUGUUGUCGGUGGGAAUGUGGUGACUAUGUACCAGGCACAGAACUUGAUCCAAGCUGGAGUUGAUGGGCUGAGAGUUGGUAUGGGAUCUGGGUCUAUAUGCACAACACAAGAGGUUUGUGCUGUUGGACGCGGACAGGCUACUGCUGUGUACAAAGUCUCGACGCUUGCUGCUCAGCACGGUGUACCUGUUAUUGCAGAUGGUGGAAUCUCAAACUCAGGUCACAUUGUGAAGGCUCUAGUCCUUGGAGCAUCAACUGUGAUGAUGGGAAGCUUCCUAGCUGGAAGCACAGAGGCUCCUGGAGCUUACGAAUACCGAAACGGUAGGAGAGUGAAGAAAUACCGAGGUAUGGGUUCAUUGGAAGCGAUGACCAAAGGAAGCGACCAGAGAUACUUGGGAGAUACCGCGAAGCUCAAGAUCGCACAGGGAGUGGUUGGAGCAGUCGCGGACAAAGGCUCGGUGUUGAAGUUUAUACCUUACACAAUGCAUGCCGUGAAGCAAGGUUUCCAAGAUCUUGGUGCUUCCUCUUUGCAAUCGGCUCACGAGCUACUGAGAGACAAAGUCCUUAGACUCGAGGCUCGUACCGGUGCAGCACAGAUUGAAGGUGGGAUCCAUGGUCUGGUUUCUUACGAAAAGAAAUCAUUCUAG